AGUGCUUUUGACUGUUUUAAUGUAGAGAAACAGAUGGAUGUUAGGUGGGCAGAUAUUGACUUUUUUUGGCGAUGGACUUGUAACUAAAAGGUUAAAAUAAACUAAGUAACCCACCAUAAAUUUAUCGGAGAUCUAUGAUUAUGGCCGUGCAGUGUAUUUAUUAGGAUUGUUUGGAAAUUUCUAACAGUGAGAUGACAGGGACGCUGUGUUCAAACAGGUUGUUCAGAAUGGGUUACCGCGGUAAUUAACACUUGUUACGCUCCUGUGAGUAUCCUGCUGGUUGUGCUUAUUUAUUUUUUACGAUAUUCAAAAGAACAGCUUAUCACAAUUUAUAUUUAAAUAUAACACAUAAAAGUCUUUAUUACACACCGUUACAAAAUCUUUAAAAUGGCAGACAGAAAGAAAAAAUCAGAGACUACAUCUACAGAAACUUCGAAGGAAACGAUGUCUUCGUCGAGUCCUCCAACAACAAUAACAUCGAAAGAUCUCUUUGGAAAAAACUUGCAGGCAACGAUAACGUAUUGUAGUGUGUUCUGGAGUUUUGGAAUGUGUGUUGCAUUAUUAGGGCCUACAUUGUUGGAUCUUGGAUGCCAGACAAGCUCAAAAUUGGACUCGAUGGCUUGGGUUUUCCUUGCUCAAACCCUUAGUACUUUAGUUGGAUCAAUGCUUGGAGGAAUUCUGGUUGACAGGGGUCAUAAGUCUCCACAAUUUGCGAGAGUCUCCUGGAAAUCAGAAAGGCCUCCCACACUAAUGCAAGCAAGAAGAAUCUCCUGGGCAAAUACUGUAACAUCUCCCCCAAAAUUCAUGAUAUUUGCAUGUAUUUACCAAUGUAAUCAGUUGUCUGCUGGAUUUCAGUGUGGAUGGGUGCAGUAGGCCAACGGUAGAUGAAGAAAGCUCAUUUAAACAGGUCUCCCAGAUGUGGAUUUUUUCAUCUUGGGACCACUGCUUUCUUUAUUUCUUUAGAUACUGCUUGAACAACUGAACUUGUUAGGGCCCUGUAGCUCAGUCAUGACCACUGCCCUUCAAACCUCCAAAUUAAUUAGUAUUUUAAUUAUAAGUUAGUAUUUUAAUUAUAGUAGAAAUAAGCCUAUUGGGAAUUCUUGAGAUAUUGAUUAUCUUGUAAGUUAUUGACAUCUGCCUAUCACCUAUUCGUUCUCUUGUGGCAGGCCUCAGGACCCCUGACGCUUAAUGUAAAUAUAAUGCGCUCUCUUAUGGUAGUCCCCAGGGCCCCUGACCCAUAGGUAUGUGCUCUUGUGGU